AUGCUCUUCGCUCGCAUGGCAGAGGUGCAGCCCGUUCAUGACAGCCCGUCCGACAUUCGUAAGCAAUCCAGGAUGCUGUACCUCGGCGAAACGUUCACUUUGGCAUUUGUGGUCAAGACCGUUUGCAGUCCUUCAGCGACUAGUAGCGACAUCAGGAAUCACUAUCCAAUUCCAGGCUCGGUCGCCGACAGGCUAGAUCGACCGGACGAUCCCGCCAAACUCUUCCUACAACACGAGGAGGUCUUUCUACAAGCCCAAGGCGCUUUUACGACUCCGAGGAAAGACCUCAGUGAUGAAUUGGUUGCCGUUUUCUUCAAAUACUUCCAUCCCGCUUGGCCAGUCUUCGAUCGCCGACGCUUCGUCACUCUGUACGAUCGAGGCCAAGCUUCCCUUCUCGUUUUACAAACAAUCUACUUUAUUGCCGUCAGUAUUUGUGACGAGGCCCUUCUCACCCGGGUUGGCUUCACGGAUCGGUACCAGGCGAGGCGAGUUUUCUAUCUACGAGCAAAGGGACUAUAUGAUGCAGACUACGAAAAGGACAAAGUCAUUCUUGCUGCGGUGUUGCUCCUCCUGGGAUUCUGGUGGCAAGGCCCGGAAGACCAAAAGGAUACCUGGCACUGGGCUCGUGAUCGGCACGCCGCAGCAGCUUUGGGUCGCCCUGUCCGCAUCAAUGAUCAAGAUUGUGAUGUGGAGGAGCUUUCCGAAGAGGAUUUCGAAUUGGAUAUGGCGCCCGAAUCGAACAUCAUAAACUCCCAGGAACGAUACCAUGCUCAAUACCCUAUAGCCAUGUCAAAACUCGCCAUUAUAUUUGGUCGCAUCAUUCUGACUAGAUACACCCCCCACAGCCAUAAUACUCUUCAGGACGUCAAAUGCAUUGGCGAAGAUUUGACUCGUUGGAGAAAGAGUUUGCCGAAGGAAAUGCUCCUCCAGGACAUCGGCGAGGCUGGUGGAGCAGGGUUCUGGGCCUUCAUGCUGAAUGCAAAUUACUACACUUGUCAGAUUCUUCUAUUCCGGCCCAGUCGCGUUAUGGUCGAAACGGAUGAAGAAAUCCUACACGAUGCAAUCGCCAGAUCGGCCGCAGAUGGCAUGACGCGCAUCGCCGAGGACUUGCUGACUUCGGGCGUUCUGAGGCAAACUCAGGUACAUUUGGCUCCUGCUUUGUUUGCCGCAUGUAGUAUGCACGCGAUUGUAAUACGACGGAAGAGUAUCAUUCACGGUCAGGUGGCUGAAAACCGGGCUCGGCAGUGCAUGCUGGCCUUGAGUGAACUAGCAAAAUCAUGGCCAGUGGCAGGUUGGAUACUUCGGCUCUUCAUUAGCUUGAUGACCAGGCUCACCGGUCACUCCUUUGACAUCGACCCUAAAUGGGGCACUGCAGCGGGACCUGCUACCUCGUCCGCUGUUGUUCCUCCCCAACAGCCUUGUCUAACGAAUGCCAGUGUUUUACCCCACCAGCAGCAAGAACCUCAAGGCAAUUCAGCUGAGCAAGGCUUGGAGGCCGGACCAGGAGUCUUCCAGGCUUCCGCACCCGCAAACCCUUGGUCGCAUGACCUGGGAUCUGAGGACCUGGACUGGAUAUUCCAGGAUUCUUUGGGCGGCUUCAGCCUGUACGACUUCAGUCUUCCCGCCGCGCCCGCCAAUUUUACAUUUUAA